AUGUCGCAGCCAGAGCCCUCCCUCCCGGGCGCCGACCGCAUCCGCUCCCUCAAAGAUGAAGACUCGAUAUUCCAAGCCUUCGACGCAUACCCCUGGACAAAGGACACAAUGUUCCUCUCCGGCCUGUCCGCCAUCCUCGGCCCGCCCAACACACCCGGCUCCCCGUCAGACAUGGCCGUCCACGCCCGCAUCUUCUACUACGCCCAGCGCAUAGGCGUUCAAAUCGACUUUGCCAAGUACAAAGACUGGCUGUCCAGACACCCCGGUCACAAGGCGCCCCAGGUCCUACCAGAAGAAUACCGCUCCCCUUCCGCACCCUCGCCUUCUGAACCUCCACUUCCCUGGCAGCAAGCCGCCCCCAAGGCCGAUCUCUACGUCGACCGUAAAGCCGCGGCUGAGAAUGCGGCCGGCGACCAACCUAGCUACCCGAUGGGUUUUGCCGAGAUGCUCAAGCUGCUGCAGGAGGGGAAGCCCAUUCCCGGGAUAAAGCAGAUUCCCAAUACCGUUGUCAGAGAUCCGUCAGUCAAACCCGUUGGUUCUCGGGCAGCUCCCAAGAAACCCUGGGAACGGGACAACCCUCAGAUUGCCCCGGAAGUGAAUCUUCCCAAGGCUCUCGACACCGAGUUUCCUCAACUCGACACCGAGACUGCUGAAGCAACAUCGACAGCUGAUCCCCUGGCUUUAUAA